UGUCCGUUUUUUUCCAGGAACCGACAGUGUCACAGUCCAUUACUGCAGGAACAUUCAUUAAAAAGGGAUUGUUCAUUGAUUCGGAGCAUUUUAGAUUAAUCAAAAGUCAGACGUCAGAGCUUCAAGGGCAGAGGAAAGAAUCUCGCAGGAACUCAAAAACGGAAACAUGAGCUGGUGAGAAAUUGGCUGAGUUUUCAUGAGGAAUGAGGCAGGUUUGGGUCUUUGGUAUAUAAACCAAAGACGCCAACAAGAGCUGAAAUCGAAAGAGAAAAGGAAGUUGUGAAGGACUUUUCUCAGAUAGCAGCACAACAACACUGGACCGUUUGAGAGAAAUAAAUCUUAGUAAACAUGCAGCCCACUGUGGAGGAGUUCGAUUCUGAGGAUUCUGGUGUUCAAGAUGUGGGACCUCAAAUCAACGGGCUGGUGGUCCAGAUCCUGGAGACAAUGUCAGUGCUUCUGUUGCGAAUCAGACAGAAGCUUCUGGAAAUUUCUAUCCUGAUCUGUGUGAUUCUGCUGGUGUUCUGGGUGGCUUUAUUCCUCUAUGGCAGUUUCUAUUAUUCCUUUAUGCCCACAGCCAAUUUCAUCACACCUGUCUACUUCUUCUACAGCAGGACUGAUUGUCUAUCUCCUCAUCACUCUUUGUGUUCUUUCCCUGUGGCUAAUGUCUCUUUACUGAAAAAUGGAAAACAUCAGGUAAUGACAUACGGUCAGCCUUAUCGGAUCACACUAGAGCUGGAAAUGCCAGAGUCUCCAGCCAACCAGGAGCUGGGAAUGUUCCUAGUAAAAAUGAAUCCCUAUUCUAAAGCUGGUCCGAUUGUUGACAGAUCGGCACGUUCUGUUCAUCAGGGCGAGCCUUGUUAUCUUUCUUCGUUUUCACAAUGCAUCUAUGGUAAGAUGUCAGAUCGACUCCCAUUCUCUCUCUCUCUGUGUGUGUCUCAGGCAAUGCUCCAUUAUCGCUCCUCUCUUCUUCAGGCUCUGGGCACAGUAGCCUUCUCCCCCUUGCUGUUAACAGGAGCAUCGGAGCAGAAGCAGUCAGUCAUGGUGGAGCUGUACUCUGAAUUCAAAGAUGAUUCUUACAACCCCAUUGUUGGAGCCAUCAUUGAGAUCCAUUCCCAGCGUAUUCAGAUCUACAGAGCUCAUCUCUACAUCUUUGCUCACUUUACAGGCAUCAGGUACCUGCUGUAUCACUUCCCCCUGAUCUCAGCGCUCAUCGGGGUGAUGAGUAACUUUACUUUCCUCAGUUUGAUCAUCCUUCUCAGCUUCCUGCAGUUUAAUCUGGGUGGUCGCAGGACUCGUGGAAAGGCUGUAAUGCAACAAGAGGAAAAUAAUGAACCAGAUGAUGUAAAUGAUCAGUCUGAACCACAGGAUGAAGGAAAGGCACCAGAACGUUUCGAUGACAUAGGGUGUAAAUCAGUGGAGGCGGAAGAAUCCAUUCCAGACGUGGGGGUGGAGGAGAGUGAGGAUGACUCCAUAGAACUUGCUGAAGAUGAACCCACCUGUGAAGCUGGGGAUGGAGAAAUGAUUUUGAGGCACAGGAAUUUGUCCCAGAGCAUGUUACAGUCAUCUCAAGUGUUAACAGACACCACAGAUAAAACUUAUCAAAACAGUGUUGGUGUCUGUUCAAGCUGCUAGAGAGCGAAUGGAGCUGUCUUUUAAAUGAGGGUAAAGGUUAUGAAAAGCAAAGGCCACCCACUGGAUUUCAUAGAUUUGGUAACAAUGUCCUUUUUAAAAAAAUGUGGACUUGAUGCUAGCCCUAAUCUCUUGUAUCAUUAUUGUAGACAACCACAAGUAUUCAGUAUAUUAACCAUUUAUUGUCUACCAAAUGUUGAGAUAAAACUGACCCUUCUAGACAUAUCCUUUGUUGUUCUUCUUAUUAUUAUUAUAUUCCACAAUGAAAACAGUGACACUGUGCCAAUAAAUAACCAAAGGGGGAGAAUGUCAUUUGUUUGUGGUUUUUGUCUGGAAAAUAACAUUAAUUUGCAUUCAUUUACAUGUAUUCCACUUUUAACCCUUUAACUGCCUUCUCAACCAAAUGGUUGGUUUGUCACUUUAUGGUAAACAUAGAAAAGCUAAGCUAAUGUUUUCAGAUAAUCCUUUCUGCUGUCAGAAUGUACUAUUUGCUGAGAAAUAUAACUUUCUGAUCAUUCAUUAUAGUUCAUAUUUUCUGAUUUCCAUAGUAUGUGUAUGAAUUCCGGUACUUUUGCCAUAAAGUGACAUAUCAACCAUUUGGUAGAGGCCGAUAGUUUAAAAAUUACGGGACGUGUUGGAAAAAAAAUACAUUGAGUGUGGUAACUAAUGACAUAAGGAGAUAAGAAAUGCAAACAAAAAAAAUUUCAAAUGCUUUUUUCUUGGUGGGGCAGUUAAAGGGUUAAAAAUGCUGAGAAAAUUAUAGAAAUAUCAAUAGGAUAUUAUUUUACUGAAAUCUAUUUAUGGACAUUUAUAAUCAUUACUUUAACAUGAUAUAUAUUUUUUUAUAUCUGAAAAACAGAAUAAAUAAAGUUGUAAAAUGUCAAUAUUGGGUGUAUUAAUAUGCAUAAUAUUGUAUUUUUAUGCUAAUUUUAUACAUACAUAAUUGUAGAGAGACUCUAAUAUGGCUCAGAAUUAAAUGGCAAUUUGUGGCAAGAUGUAUACCCACCGAAAAACAAGUGGUUAUUAUUUUUAUUAUCUAAAUCUAUAAUUUACUGUAAAUGGUAUCGCAAGUCAAGGUUCAAUUCCUGUGA